AUGUCAAGUCAAGAUAACGAUGCGCCGUUGCCCGAAGGAUGGGAGAUGAGGACCAGCCGCUCAACAGGCAUGACGUAUUUCCUCAACAUGUACACAAAGAAAUCUCAGUGGGAACGACCUGAAGCACCUGCUGACCCUGGUGAAGUCCGAUGCAGUCACAUUUUGGUUAAACAUGCAGAAAGCAGGCGUCCGUCGUCAUGGCGCGAAGAAAACAUAACUAGAAGUAAGGAGGAAGCGCUAGAGAUAUUGAAGGGUUACCGUAAACAGAUUGUUGCCAACGAAGCUACAUUUGUUGAUAUAGCGAGUAAAUACUCUGACUGUACCUCAGCGAAACGUGGUGGUGAUUUAGGCAUGUUUGGCAGAGGCCAAAUGCAGCGGCCCUUUGAGGAGGAGUCCUUUAAACUGAAACCAGGGCAAUUAAGUCGGCCUGUCGAGACUGAUUCUGGAUACCAUAUUAUUUUGAGGACGGCUUAAGUAAUUAAUACUUGGGCUGUUUGAGCAUUUGUUUUAAACAUCUAAAUUUAUAAAUACCAAUUGUGACAAUGAAUGCCUUACCUUGUAACAAAAAUUUACCUCUGCAAUAUAUACAAUGAUGCUAUCCUAUUUGCAUGCACUGAACAAGAGUUUUUGUAUCUAAGAAGUUUACAUUCAUUAAUAUCAAUUUAAAAAUACAAGUAAUAUAUUGGCAUAAGAAGCAUAACAUCUUAAAUCUUCAGGAUUGGCAAUUAACACAUUAAAAGCAGGAGUCGUUGUACUAUGAUUUCUCUUGACUGCAACUUAAGCAGUUAACUGUGAUUAAUGAAUAUACUUGUCAUGGAGAUGUGGCAAAAUCACCACAUUACCUAACAUACUUUCAUCAAGAUCCCCCUUUAAUGUGUUAAUAAGGAACUCUAUUCUAUAGGUAUUCCAUGAUGUCUAUGGUGUUUGUAUUUAUGGGCAUUGAUAACAAGUAUGUAUGAGUAGAAUUAAUAAAAGCAAUAAAAUGUCCAAUUUUUGAAAAUAUAUAAUGUCAUAGCCUUAACUAAAAACAGAAUACAUUAAUUUUAUAUCAUAGUUGACAUUGGUUUCAUUGAACCAAUUUUUUUAGGAUAUACUGAAGAGGUGUCUUGAGAAGCAGACCUCUUCUGAUGACUUCUGUCUGUCUCUACCCAGUCUCAUCCACAAUAUAUUUAAAAUUAAUAUACAAAUAUAAUUAAUAUGCAUAUUAAAUAUUUAAGCUCAAGUAAAAUUUUGCUGUCAUCUCCCAUAUUGUAUUGUCAUAUUGUUUUUUGUUUACUUUAAACCUGAUUAUGUUUAAAAAAUAUAUAACAAAUGUUAUGUAACCUGGACUGAUGUAUUUUUGUUGAUACAAAAGUUCAUUGAUUGAAACCAGUGAUAAAAUUAAGAAAUAAAAAUAAAUAGUUAUCUAAGAUUUCUGUAGGUACAUAUAGAAAAUUCCAUUUAAUUUCUUAAUAAUAAAAAUUCAUUGAAUUAGGUAUUAUUAUUAUUAAAUAUCUCAUUUUUCUCUUUACACCAGAUCACUUACAAGGUAGACGGAAAUUACAAAGCGCCAAUUGUUUAUACCAUGAAUUAUCCCUUAACUUUAUCAGAUUUGCACUUGUUUUGUCUAAUCAUAUUUUUUCUUUCAAUACCAUAUUAAUGUAUUAAAAAAAAUCAUAAAUUUUUGAAUAAUUGCAUAAAUAGGCACCUACAUAAUUGUAUUUUUAAUGAGUAAAUUCACUUAUUUUAACUUGACAAAAUUGAGUAUUUUACUAGUUUCUCGUGUCGUGUAUAAUUUAUCUUAUAAUUUGUGGAAUAGGUAAUAAAUAAAUUGAUCUUUAAAGUUGUAAA